UGAAAUGCAGAGCUGUAUCUUAGUGUCAGGACUAAACACUCAGUUCAGAUCAGAGGAAGUUCUCAACCACAGGAGGAGCUGAUGAUGAUUAAAGGAGGAGCUGUAACUAUAUAAUGAAGAGAAAGACUGACAGAAACAGAAAAUGGCUGAUCAGUGUGAUCUGUGUCUGCUGGGACUGAUCAUUCUCUCUUCACUUCUCACAGGUACCAGUGAAGUGAAUGAAACUCAUGUGUUCAUCAGUUCUGGUGAAAAUGUCCGUCUGCCCUGUAAUAAUGCUCUUUCUGACUGCAACUCAACUUCAUGGACCUACUAUAACAGAUUCAGAGGUUCAGCAGCAGUUAAACUGAUUGUUGGAGGGAUAAAGAAGAAAGACACAGAGAGACAUGAGAGACUGAGUCUGGGGUCUGACUGCUCUCUGAACAUCAAGAACAUCACAGAAGAAGAUUCUGGAUCUUACUUCUGCCGACAAUAUGUGAAUGACAAACAACAAGGAACUGGUGCGAGUGUUUCUCUGCAUGUUCUUCAUGUGUCUCGAUCAUCAUCAUCAUCUUCAUCAUCCUCACAGACUGAGAUCAGUCCAGGUCGCUCUGUGACUCUCUCCUGUCAGUUGUAUUCAUAUUAUGGAUUCCCUUGUAAUUAUUGGGUCCGUUCUGAGGGACUUCAGCUGUCGUGGGUGAAUCAGACUGGUGUUGAUCUGAAGACAGACUCCAGAUAUCAGAUAUUAUUCUCAUCAGAUCACUGUAACAUCAAUCUGACUACAACACUCCUGAAUGAAGAUGACAACAGAGAGUGGAGAUGUCAGCUUACUCUCAGAAAUCAACUCAAGGCCUCAGUCAGAUACACGCUCAAGUAUUCAGAUGAAGCAUCUGAACAUUCAUCUUCUGAUUCAACAACACUGAUUCCAGUCAGCAGCUCAAACUCUGAGAAGAAAUCAAGCCAAACUACAGCAGCAGCUCCUACACAAGUCUCUCUCUCAGUGAUUGUGAUUGUUGUCGCUUCAUUCGCUGUUCUCCUUCCUGCUCUUAUUCUCUGGAUGAUUCGCAGAAAAAGAGACGAUAACAGAAGAGGAACUGAUGACUCUGAGGAGCAGACAGAUGAUCAUGUGACUUAUUCUGAGGUCACUGCGUACAGUAAAAACCAAGACCAAAAGAAGAAGGUUCGCUGUGAUGAUAAAGUGACUUCUGCUUCCAUCAGAGGAGCAAAAGCUGGAUCUCAGGAAAACUGCAGUGAACUUUAUGCCUCUGUGAACAAGAACCAUCACAAAUCAGUCAAAUAAUGACACAAAAACCACAUGAGCAGAAGAAUAUGAAUCUAAUAGAACUGAGUCCUAAUGGUGUCAUUCAGUGCCAUUAUAAAUACUUUCAAUGUCUUUUACAUGUUCACAAACAAACCCAAGUGAUGCUCUGA